CGAAAAACCCACUUUUCAUGCAGUGGUAUUUAGUUCGCAUACUUAGUAACUAUAAACCGCUUUCCUUGCAGAACUGGUUUGUAUUUACUGAACAUUUCUGGGCUCGUUAUUUGUCAAGGAUUACUGGCAUUACAGUAAAAACGACGCAGAGGGCAGCAGCUCCCCACUUCUGCAGCGUCAGGGCUGAGGAGCAAGAGAAGAAGAAGAAUUCGCCUCUUUACAGGGACCCGAGCGUCUUCUUGUCCUCCAAAAUGUCUAAAUUACAGCAGCUCAGACUGUUCGUAAAUGAGCGUCUGACAGCAGCAGCGGAGGAAAUCUUCGGCGCAGUGGAGAGAACCAUAUUAGAGUUUCAUAGCGACAAAGCUUUUGUGUCUCAGUCGGAGGAUGUGAAGUCCAGCGAGCUGCUAAUGCUAGCUGAGGCUCUGAAAGCGGAGGAAGAGGAGGUGUUCCCGGCAGCCUCCCAAGAGGUGAGUGUGUCUGAAGCAGAGGUCUCCAGACAGACGGCAUACGCUGAGGCCAGUCAGAUGCUGGUGAAGCAGGACGCUCUGAGAGCAGACUUUCUGGUAAAUCAGGAACAAUGGCCGAGAAGAGACAAAGGCCAGCUGCACGAUCUGUUACACUGUGAAGCUGUGGCUUGUUUCAAAUCUGAACAGAGCACAGAAUCCCCUUCCUCAAACUUUCAGAGCCAAACUGUGGCCAGCGCAGAGGGAGAGGUGCUUUUCCCCCACGCCUCAACGGAGUGGAAGAAAAUUAAACAGGAAGCAGAUGGAUGUGGAGGAUCAGAUUUCUGCCAGCCAAUUUCCUCUGAUAGUGGGGCUGAAAACGAUACCUGUGAUAAUGAAAGGAUGGCAAGCAGAGCAUCUAACUCAAAGUCAGUGCAGUCAAAAACAAAGGCAAAGCAAAAGCAGAAAGGUUCCAGCCUGAACACUAAGAAAAGGACAAGUCCUUUUAGUUGUAAGUUCUGUGGAGAAUCUUUCUGCCACAGGAAUUCGUUAAUGAUGCACCUCAAAUCACACGGAGACUGUGCGCUGCAGCACAUAGAAGCACACAAGGAGGACAAUCUGUGUCACGUCUGCGGCAAAACGUUCACCACAAAGACCCAUUUAAAAAGGCACAUGCUGAUUCACACGGGUCAGAAGCCUCACUGCUGCAAGGAGUGCGGCCGAAGAUUUGCACGAGGCGAGUGUUUGAGAGUGCACAUGAGGAUCCACACGGUGGAGAGGCCGUACACGUGCGGAGUGUGCGAGAAAGGAUUCAGGCAGAGAAGUAAUUUAAUUACUCACAUGAGAAAGCAUACGGGAGAAAAACCUUACCGCUGCGGCAUCUGCUCAAGACCGUUUGCAUACAAGAAGGACAUGCUGAGACACACGCAGAUCCACACAAAGACGUGAAAAACUCAUUCCAAUACGCUUUGAUCCAGUACUUCUGGAUUUAGUUGUUGUUCCCUAUUAAAAAUUUUUCAGUUGGUUAACUGGGAAAAUGUAGAUACAGUGACAGUGUUUUUAUUUAUAGAGCAUAUGUUAGGGCUAGGCAGUUAAUCCUAUUUUAAUCUCAGUUACCAGUGUGAGUUCCAACAAUUCUGGAAAAAUAAAUGAGUCUGCUGCUGCCUGACAGUCCAGAGGCUGCGGGCCACCAGAAGCUGGCAAUCCCUUUGUGAGACACCCCCCUAAUCAGGGCCUAACAUUCAUGUAUGAGAUGGAUGAAAUAAUCAUAUGAUGUAUUUUGAUGAAGUGUAUGUUUGCUUUUAAUGUAUUAAAAAUGUAGAUGCAUGCAAGAUGUUUGGCUUUACUGAAUAAAACUGUUUUCU